CCACCUCACAACCUCUCCUUCAUCCUCUUCACUCUCCCACUCCACUGUGAUCAAAACACACACACACACACACACACACACACACUGUGAGUGAAAUCAAUCACGAAACUCAUCACUCUCUCUCUCUCUCUCUCCUAGGGUUUAGGGUUUCAUUCCACCAUGGCUUCAUCUUCUUCCGAUCCAGGCAAGUCGGCGGAGACUUCAGAAGCCGUCGCGGCGGCGAACGACCAGUUAUUACUCUACAGAGGAUUGAAGAAAGCGAAGAAGGAAAGAGGUUGCACCGCCAAAGAGAGAAUCAGUAAAAUGCCUCCUUGUGCCGCCGGUAAACGCAGCUCCAUCUACCGCGGUGUCACCAGGCAUAGAUGGACUGGUCGCUAUGAAGCGCAUCUUUGGGAUAAAAGUACAUGGAACCAGAAUCAGAAUAAGAAAGGAAAGCAAGUUUACUUGGGGGCGUAUGAUGAUGAGGAAGCGGCGGCUAGAGCGUAUGAUCUUGCUGCUCUGAAAUAUUGGGGUCCUGGGACUCUCAUUAACUUCCCAGUGACUGAUUAUACAAGAGAUCUUGAAGAAAUGCAGAAUGUUUCCAGAGAAGAAUACCUUGCGUCUUUACGGCGGAAGAGCAGUGGUUUUUCGAGAGGGCUAUCAAAAUAUCGAGGACUCUCCAGUCGAUGGGAGACAUCAUAUGGCCGUCUGGCGGGGUCAGAUUACUUCAGUAGUAUACAUUAUGGUCCAGGGGAUGAUUCAGCAGCAGAAAGUAAAUAUGUAAGUGGUUUCUGCCUAGAAAGAAAGAUUGAUUUAACCAGUUACCUCAAAUGGUGGGGAUCUAACAAGAGUCGACAAGCUGACGCUGGGUCAAGACUAUCAGAAGACAAGAAACAUGGUUUUGCUGGAGAUGUUUGCAGCGAACUUAAAACACUGGAACAGAAAGUCCAACCCACAGAACCAUACCAGAUGCCAGAGCUAGGAAUGUCCCACAAUGACAAAAAGCAUAAAAGUUCUUCAGUCUCGGCCUUAAGUAUAUUGUCCCGAUCUGCUGCUUACAAGAGCUUGCAAGAGAAAGCGUCAAAGAGACAGGAAAAUAGUGCUGAUAAUGAUGAGAACGAAAACAAAAAUAUAGUCAAUGAGUUGGAUCAUGGAAAGGCAAUUGUGAAACCAUCAAAUCAUGAUGGCGGCAAUGAUCAACUUGACAUUGCAAUGGGAAUAAGUGGGGCAUUGUCUCUUCAAAGAACUGUUUAUCCAUUGGGACCAUUCUUGUCUGCGCCGCUUUUGACAGCAUACAAUAUUGUUGAUCCAUUGGUAGAUCCUGUUCUCUGGACAUCUCUUGUUCCUGUACUUCCUGCUGGACUUUCUCGCACAGCUGAGGUUACCAAGACAGAGUCCAGUUCAGGUUAUACUAUGUUUCAACCAGAGGAGUGAUUGGACAUUUGGAUUUCUAAUUGAACAAAGGCAAGCACCUGAAAGCUGAGCUUGUAUCAAACAAACAACAGUAUAAAUGUUUGAAGAGCUCAAGCAGGUUGAGAGAAUGCCCAUGGUUUUUUUUUUGGCAAAAAAUUACAAGGGUUUCAGAUGUUAGAGAGAAGAAAGUAUCACUGGUUUUACAUUGAUGAGGGAGGUAGAUCUAGGUAUAGAACAAAUUUCGAGUCCCAGAUGUGUAGCUGUGGACGUCUCUAUCAUGUAUAUGCAGUCAGAGUUAUAGACAAAUUUUGAGUUUUAUGCGGAAUGUUCUGUACAGAAUAAGAGGUGGACUUGUGCAAACAUACAUGGAUGAGAAAAGAAAUCACUUCUCCUCUAACAUUGAAAAACUAUCUGAUUUCCAAAUUCACAAACAAAGUGAGUGAUUGAAUUGCAGAAUUUAA